CGCCGCGGCCCGGCUGCCCCCAGCGGCGCGGCUCGGCCGGGCCCGGGGACGCCGUGCGCGCGGCGAGAAUAACUUCCCGGGGCGCUCGCAGGAAGUUACUUGCGGGAGGGAAUUGGAGUCCCUGGGGGGGCGAGGCCUCGCCCGGUGCCGCCCGGCGCGUUCGCUCGGAGCCCGGGCCGGAGCCGGGCGCUCCCUCCCACCUGCGGAGCGUCAGCGGCAGCCCCCGCCCCGGGGCCAGUCUGGCCGGAGUUGGACUCCAGAGUGGGCUCCCAAGUGCUGUGUCGUCGUGGGCCUUCUCUGGUGGCCUCCUCGGUUCUCAGUUUCCUCCUUUGUAAAAUGGAGGAAAAAGCCCAUAGGCUUGUGGAAUUGAAGACCCGGAAACACUGGCAGGAAGGCUGGGAAGUCAAGCACAGGGGUGUAGACAAAACUAGAAGUUGGCUCUGGAAAGUGGUGAAUCAGAGGAGACCACAGGCAGCUGGUGGCCGAGGCCAUGGCCUCCGACCUGGACUUCUCACCUCCCGAGGUGCCUGAGCCCACUUUCCUAGAGAACCUGCUGCGGUACGGACUCUUCCUGGGGGCCAUCUUCCAGCUCAUCUGUGUGCUGGCCAUCAUUGUACCUGUUCCCAAGUCCCAUGAGGUGGAGGCAGAGCCCUCUGAGCCCAGAAGUGCGGAGGUGACGAGGAAGCCCAAGACUGCUGCUCUUUCCGCCAGCAAGAGGCCCAAGAAGGAGGCAAAGAAGAAGCGGUAGAAGAGGAGACCUGUAGAGCCAGGCGGGCAAGGCAGGGGCCUCGGCGGGGAGCCCUCCUGGGACUCAACGUCCUGUUCCCUCCGACAUCCCAGGGUCAGGGCUGAGGUGGCUGGGCCACUCUCUGACCACAGAGAUCUGGACAAUCAUGACAGUCCCCAGGCCCCAGCUGGGCAGCCUACCACUUCCUCUUCCUUCUGCUUCCGAGACAGUUUAGAGCCACAGGGACUAAACCCUGUGUGCAGAGGCUGUGCAAGAAGUCUGUCUGUCCAGAAGUUGGGUCAGCUCCGAGUGACAUUUCCAUACUUAAUCAUUGUGUCCAACCUUCAGACCCACACCUUGUGGAUUUACAUUGCAUUUUAGAGUCGUGAUCUCGUGCUGACACACACCGCCCCUCCCAUCACUUGUGCACCACAGAUCUGCUAAUCAGUCACCUUUGUCUCUGCCAUACAGAUGGGGUCAGGCCAGGCCUUCCCUGUUUGUUUAGGUCAGGAAGCCAUGGCUACUGCGAUGUCAGUGGUCUCACAAGCAUGACAGCCAGGUCCGAAGAUGCCUGGUGGCAGAGCCAACAGGCAGGCUGGCUGGCCAGGAUUUGCCUGGUUCUCUUCUGGCAGACAGAAGGGAUUUGGCUACAUGAGUGCAUGUUCUUGGGCUCAAACUUUAUUAGCCUCUGAAAUGGGGGGCUUGUCAGUCUCAGAGCAACCUCUUUUCAGCCCAUCAUGGCGUAUUCAGUGUGUGCCUUUUGGCUUCAUCUGUACACGUCCCCUUUCCCCUCAUUUCUUUUAACCCCCAUAACAGUGAGGAAAAGUCAUCUGGGCAAGUAAAUGUCAAUAAACUGCCUCACAUGCUGAA